GCUCAGUGGCAGUUUGGCAGUGGCUGUAAGAGGGUUGGGUUUUGGCUGCUCCACUACGGUGAGUGUCGAGGGACGGGAAGUGUCAGCCUCAAGGCACAGUUAAAUACCAGUUAGUGUUCCUCCAGCAUCUUCCCACUCGAGGAAUUGCCUGCCUGCUAGAUCCCCAAAAGAGACUGUAGAACGCUGAGUAGCUGUGAGAAUUACCAGUGAGGGAGAUGGGAGACACGGAGGCGUCGACGGUGGCCAGGAGGGAGACGGUGCAGCAGGAGGGUUCCACCACCCACACAGUCACCAAGACUGUGCAUGAAACAGACGGGUUGCGUAUUGUUGGUGCGCGUGUCUUGUCUGAAAGUGGUAAGGUUGAGUCCUCUGUGGAAUUCCCUAUUAUCACACCUCCGAGUUUGGAAUCAUUAGCAACUUCUACCUACUCCUCCACCCAAAGCAUGGCUCAUUCUGUUACGCCUGAGAAACAAGAGCACGCAGUAACGAGCUUCGAGGCGUCCCACAUGGAGACAUCGCACCAAUCAGCUGUCCGCAUCGAGUCGGUGGUCCAGGGAAGCAAGAUGGAGGGGAUCAGCCAAUCACAAUCAAUCCAGAACGUCAGCCAAUCACAAUCCAUCCAGGGCGUCAGCCAGUCGCAGUCUAUUCAGAGCGUCAGCCAGUCGCAGUCUAUUCAGAGCGUCAGCAGCCAAUCGCAGUCCAUUCAAAGUGUCAGCCAAUCGCAGUCCAUCCAGAGCUCCAGCCAAUCAAAGACCCUCGAGGGGUUUAACGAGUCGCAGUCCAUCCAGAGCUCCAGCCAAUUGCAAUCCCUCGAGAGUACCAACUUGUUACAGUCCGUCACGGAGGCACCAGCUGAGGUUCCAGCAGUGGUUCAGUCUGAGAGCGAACCGCAGUCAGUAGACGAAAACGCUAAUUCCAUCCAAGAAGAACAAGAAGCCACCGCACAGUUACCACCCCCUGAAAUAGAAGCUGUUAAAGAACCAGAGGCGGUUAAAGAGCCAGAACCCGUUGCAGAACCAGUGUCUGUAACGGAACCAGAGCCAGUUAAAGAAAUAGAGCACGCUGCAGAAUUAGAGUCGCCGAAAGAGUCUGAGCUCGUUCUUGAACCAGAACCCGCCAGAGAACCAGUGCCUGUGGUUGAAUCUGUCACAGAACCCGAACCAGAUAAAGAACCAGAGCCUGUGGUUGAAUCUGUCACAGAACCCGAACCCGAACCAGUUAAAGAACCCGAACCAGAAACAGUUAAAGAACCACAACCAGAUGAACAGCCAGAGCCUGCUGUGGAACCGGAACCCGUCAAAGAAGAAGAAGAAGAAGAACCAGUGGGUGAAGCUCUGCCAGACUCAACCCCGAUACCCACCGCCGAUCCAGAACCCUUCACCGAACCUCCCGCCGAACCGGAAGCAGCGCCCGUCGACGUCGUCGAGGCACCAGAGGUGGAAGAAAUCAGCCAAGAGAACAUCAAGACACAGCUGCAGGAGAUCAUCACGGAAAUAGAGCGAGAAGCGUCCCCAGAGCAGGAAGAGGUACAGGGGAAGGAGGCAGGUGAAGGGGGUGUGGGCGAAGUCAAAUCUGCGACGGAGGCGAAGUCGGUGGCGGUGAUAGAGACGGUGAAGGAGGCGCAGCACGUGGUGGUGGUGGCGGAGCGGGAACACCAGCCACUGGAGACACAGGAGGUGGAGGAAGAGGAGGAGGAGGAGGGGGAGGAGUUCGAGUAUUAUGAUGAGGACGGUGUGCUUCACCACACGUGGAGACCGAGGGGAACAUACCAGAUCCAGAAAACGGCCAUCCAGUACGAGGACGUUGUGCCCAUCACAUUGCCGGAUGUCCAGUUCACAGAGCUGGAGCCAGAGCCAGAGCCACCAGCGCCACAGCCACAACCACAACAACAUUUGCAGCAGGUGGAGCUGCAGGAGAAUCAUCAGGGCAUGACCAACGGCAGCCUCUCCCCUACCUUCCUCUCCCCCAUCGAGAUCCCAGAAGGCAUACCGCUUCUGGCCCGCAUCUUGCCCAAGGUGGAUCAUGGAGAGGAUGGUGAGAAGAAGAUCAGCCUGGAGCGGCUGUUUACACCAGCGACGGACUCGGGCGACCUCACGCCCAGGAGAAGUACGUCCAAGAAGGCCUACGCCUCGUCAUCCUUUUACCGUCCCGAUCACCCGACUAUUGACGACCAAGUUGAACUGGCCCAAAGGAUCUCCUUCUCAUUGGUGGAUGAGAAUAACAAGAUGAGCCGCGGCCAGUCAAUGUACAUGAAGCGGAAGAAACGGUCCAUGCGCUGGAUUCACGAAGGAGGCGAGGGGGAGGACGACUUCUCAGGACCCGGGUCAGGAUCGGAAGCGGUUGAAGACGAACCUACACAACGAACUCCCACGGCCCGUCGCCCAGUCUCCAUGCCUGCUCUCAGCAUCCCUGAAGUGAAGAAACCUGCCAUGAAGCUGUUAAUGAACCCCAAAGGCGUGCAAGACUUCCAUGCAGUACAAGAGCACUACCAAGCCCUCAUGAACGCCACGCCCCCCAGCCCAGAGGUCGGCAAGAUUGUCACUGAAGUUCAGAGUCCCACCGGGAAAGGAGCUGAACUCUUCGCUAAGCGUAAGAAGCGAAUGGACCAAUUUAUCGUGGAUGAGACGACGGUGCAGAAGGCCCACCAACAGCAGAUAACCACGAGUCAGCAGUCAUUCUCUAGCACCUCAAACUUCAGCAGCGCCAGUACUAGCACCAGCAAUUUCACCUCCAAGAAACAAGCAGAGUAUGAAAGGAAUCGGCAGCAGGAGCAGAUAUUGGAACAGUUCCUGAAGGAGCGGGAGUCGAGCAUCACCAUGAUCAAGUCGCCGUGGCAGGCAGCCCUGGAGACGGGAUGUGCAGCUAAUGCCUUCCAGGAAAAGGAAAGAAGAAUGCAGUUGGCUGACACAGUGUGUGAACGGGCUGAUGCCAAAGUGGCCGCAGCACCUUGGCUGGAGAUGACCAAACCAUUACCGAUGAGCACACCAUCCGUGGGGGAUGCUGGACUUGGCGCAGGCACCGGGGCUAUCUAUACUGCCGAGGUGAAGGUGGUGCAGCGCGCCUCUCUCCCGCCCACACCGGUCCUCGACGUGCCUCACCACUCCCUCUUGGAUUUCGCGGGUGAGGACAAGUCCGACAAGCGUCGUUCACUCAGCUUCAACCUCGCCGCCAAGGGCUGGGGCACCUACAACAAAUUCUACACGCCGGUAACCUUCGCCACGUAGAAGUGUGAGGCUUCGAUUCACUUGCCAUAAAUGCCUUGCAGUCUACAAGAGUCCGGGUUUGGCGUGGGCAAUGAAACACCACCCAAUUAAUCGUUGGGUUGAUUUUUAAUACUGAAGUCUUAAUUGUACAGUGCAUCAUUCAUCUGCUCUAUAAAAUCACAAAUGAUGUGAAUGUUAUCCAUUUGUUUAUUAGCCUAACAAAUCACCUCAACCGCUGUGAAUUUCCAUCUGACUUUAUGUUUAAAUCUUGGAUGAUAAAAUAUAUUGUUAUUUUUGGGUUAGUUAUUAUGUUCUGUUGAUUUUUUCCUCCUUGUUGUAUAGUUUACUCAUAAUUGUGCUUAGAUUGGAAAUUAUUCAGAUUUGUUCUCUAUUAGGGAAUAAAAUCUAUUUAUUUACCUCACAUAGACAUGUCCAAUGUUUAGUUCUGACUAUUGUAUAAUUAUUUGUAGUGUUCUAUGAUGACGAUCGAGUGUCCUUUUGUGAUAUUCCCAUACUAUUAAGUACCUCCUAUGUUCUGAAUGACCGAGAAUCGUUUCCACGAGUUUCUCGAGGGAUGAUACCCAAUUACAGAUGACAGAGUGAGUUUGAGGGCUCCAAAUUGCAUUAUUGUCUCUGAGAACCUUGACGACCUGAAAACCCAUUUGAAAAUUUGUACAUACCGAAUGUUAGAUUAGUAUCAUGAAGAGAUAUAUGAGGAAGUUAUCUCACGUGAGGUUGGUGAGUGUAAGAGCCAGGGUAUCAAGGAAUGUUUGAACCUUAGUUGUGUAUAUCGGGUGACGGUAGGUUUGCAUAGCCUCGCGGCCCUGCGCGGCUUAGCCUUGUAAACAACUUAAAUGUAUCUCGUAUAUAGAGUUUUACCUUUGGACAUUAAUAGGCCUUUCGGUAAUUCUUAAUAACUGGUAUACUUUCAAAUUGUUUCAACAUAGCGAGAUGAACACAUUUAGCAUUUUAACCUCCAUAUACGAGACCAUUUUAAGCUUGUCCCCGCACAGGACUGCCAGACGCACCGGUGUGGGGCGGCUUAUUGGUUGUCAUGGGCUGAAUACCUUCAAUAUUACCCAGUCUGCCUAUCCUAAUGCUGCACCAUCUACCCGGCCUAUCCACAUAAUCUACUGUUGUCAUCCACACGGCCUAACCCCAUAUCCUACCACAACCAGUUACCCCACACCGUGUCCAAGGCCCUGCUAACACUGCACUGCCUGAAGCUAUGUAUCAUGCGGAAAAUAAACAUGUACUGUA